UGAAAGGGUGUGGAAGGGAGUAUGGGCAACUUCUGUAAACUUAAUCACCUGAAGUUGGGAGGCAAGGGAAGCGAACUGGAGCGAAAAAAUAGGGAAAGCGUGACGUUAAAAUGCAGUAAAGAGCAGAGAAUCGUCACUGCAAUCGCAGUAAUGGUAAAAGCAAGAUUUUUUUUUUUUUUUUUUUUGUAAUAAUGAACCGUAACCGAAUGAUUAAACAGCUUGCUUCUGGAUUGAAACAAACGUGGAUUUAUUUUUCUAUUUAUUUAUUUUUUAUUUUUUAUUUCAGAAGGCGGAACUGUUUGGACAGUUUGUUUAUUGAUUUAUUUUGAGGUCAGGCAAAAAUGAAAACUACGAGUGAGGCUGGGAAAGAGAGUCGAAAGAUGAGCACCACAUUUUCAGAGAAGGAGUCAAGAAUUCCUGAAACUCCUGCGAAUAGUUGUGAGGAUGCCGACGAUGGACCGAGUGCGGCUAACCAGGCUGUAGUAGAAAUACUCAUACAUUUCGGGAAGGUGUUCCUCUACCUGGUCCCCGUGUACCUGGUAGGGUACCUGGGCUUGAGCAUCAGCUGGGUCCUGUUUGCCUUGAUGCUGUGGAUGUGGUGGAAAAGAAACAGAGCCAGCAAAUUGGCCCGCUUUGCAGCAUCUGUGGGUUUUUUGGACAAUGAACGACAUGUCAUUACAGAAGGACUGAAGGAGCUCAAUCUGCCUGCUUGGGUUCAUUUUCCUGAUGUAGAGAAGGCAGACUGGUUGAACCAGAUAUUGGAUCAAGCCUGGCCAUACUUUGGGAUCUUUAUGGAGAAGAUAUUCCGUAACAACAUUGAACCGGCAGUCCGAGCAUCAAACAUUCACCUCAAGACCUUCACCUUCACCAAGAUCCACUUUGGAGAAAAGCCCUUGAAGAUCAAAGGAGUGAAGGCAUACACCAAAGGGGUUGACAAGAGGCAAGUUAUCCUGGACCUGCAAGUCAGUUAUGUUGCAGACUGUGAAAUCAAUGUGGAGAUUAAAAGGCUAUGCAAAGCUGGUGUGAAAGGAAUGCAGCUUCACGGCACAUUGCGAGUCAUUCUGGAACCGCUUAUUGGCCAGUCCCCCUUGGUAGGAGGAGUGACGUUUUUCUUCAUUAGGCGACCACUUUUGGAAAUCAACUGGACUGGACUAACAAACUUGCUGGAUGUGCCAGGAUUAAAUGACAUGUCGGAUGGUGCAAUUCUGGAUAUCAUCUCCUCCUACAUGGUUUUACCCAACCGCUACUGCAUCCCUCUCAUCGACCAGGUGCAGCUGGCCCAGAUGAGGUUCCCUCUUCCAAGUGGUGUGGUAAGAGUUCAUCUGAUAGAGGCUGAAGACCUGGUACCAAAAGACACCUACAUGAUGGGAAUGGUAAAAGGCAAGUCUGAUCCGUAUGCAAAUCUGAGGGUCGGCACACAGAGCAUUCGUAGCAAAACCAUCAAGGAAAACCUGAACCCCAAAUGGAAUGAGGUUUAUGAGUUUGUGGUGCACGAGGCUCCGGGGCAAGAUCUAGAGCUGGAGAUGUUUGAUGAAGACCCCGAUAAAGAUGAUUUUCUUGGCAGUCUCGUCAUAGAACUUGGUGAGGUGAUGAACGACAGAGUUGUGGAUGAGUGGUUCCCACUGAGUGACAUAGAGAGAGGGAAGGUGCACUUGAAGCUGGAGUGGCUUUCUUUACUGGUAGACCCGGACAAAUUGGUGGAGAAUAACCACUGUUUUUCAUGUGCGAUGCUGGUUGUGUAUUUGGACAGUGCCUACAACCUACCUAGAAAUCACUUUGAAUACAGCAACAAUGAAUAUGGAUUGAAGAAGAAUAAAAAUCCCAAGUACCUUAAGUCAAAGAAGAGCAAUGGAGAGCCAUCAGCACAUGUGGAAUUUUCCAUAGACCAAGAAUUGCAGAAAAGCAAGGUCUCCCAUUCAACCAAAGAUCCAGUGUGGGAGGAGUCCUUUACUUUCUUCAUCAAAAAUGUUCACUCUCAGUGUCUUACAAUAGAGAUUAAAGACGAUGACAGGAAAUGUGCCCUGGGUGUCUUGUCACUCCCCCUCAAGCGCUUGCUGACUGCUGCGGAAAUGACCAUGGACCAGCGCUUCCAGCUGGAGCACGCUGGACCCAGCAGCAUGAUCAAGAUGAAAGCCAUGCUGAGGGUCCUCGCAGUGAAGGAUCCAGACCCGGAUAUUGUCUACACUGGCCUUAACGCCUUAAAGAAAGCUCCAUUGUCAGUCAAAAAUAAGAGAAGCAGUAGAAAUGAAUCGUCUUCACCAACUGCACACCCAGUACACCCAGUACACCCUACUCCCCCAGCACACCAAACUCACCCAGCUAAAAGACAAAACGGUGCCCUUUCCGAGGAUAAACUGGAGAGAGAGAGCAGCAGCCACUGCAAUCCCAGACCCGCUUCCAACAGGGAAUCAAAGCCUAUGGCGCCAGCAACGCCAAUCACAAGGACAUCCUCUGUGUCACGACAACGCACAAGAUUCGAUACUCGGAGUAUUGACAUGUCCAUUUGUUCUUCCCGUUUUGACCUCACAGAAGACCAGAUUCCAUUUCCAAAUGGAACAAACUACCAGGCUGGCAGUCUGGGAGAGAUACAGGUGACUGUGCGUUACGUACCCCAAAGGAAGAGUCUGACUGUGCUUGUUAAUUCUUGCAGGAAUUUAAUAGCUGCCUCCCAGGGUGGAUCUGAUCCAUAUGUCAGGAUCUAUUUGUUUCCAGAAAGGAGCUGGGCCUCAAGGAAAAAAACAACUGUGAAAAAGAAGUGUGUCCACCCUCUGUUUGAUGAGAAGUUCGAAUACUCUGUACCUCUUGAAGAAGCCCAGCGGAGAAAGCUAGAUAUUGCAGUAAAGCACAAGCAGCCAUUCACUUCACGUGAAAGAAAAGAACUUGGGAAGGUCUUGGUUGACCUUUCUCAACAGGAUUUGAUCCAGGGAUUUACUCAGUGGUAUGAGCUGUCUAUGGACGGACUGCAAAAAAGCUAAGAGCCGCUGCUUGUGCCCACAUAUCUCUGCAAGGCCUUCAUUGAUUUGGACAGCUUUUUUUUUUGACUGCAGUACAUUUCCACAAAAAAAAAUCUAAUCUGGAUGAAUCCUUUCAGGAAAGAUGCAUAUAAAAAUGCACAUUAAGAUCAGUGGCACUAAUGGUUCACUGUUGGUGUCUAGUAUAUGGUUAUUUUUGUAUAUCAUCAAAUGUACUGUAUGAAUCUAAAUUUAAGGAUUCUGAUAAAAUACCCAAGUCCUACUUUUUUUGUACAUUUUAAAUUUAUCACCUCCAACAAAUUUUUUUAAAAAUGAGUGUAAUAGUACAGCCCAUGCUAAAAUUGAAUUGCUAGUCAGGAUUACCUUAAAGCGUUACUGUAAACAGUUGUUGUUUUUAAGCCCCAAUAUUAACCUUUAACAUGGAUUUUCCUGGUACUUGCAAUGUUUCAGCAGUUUUUUGGGGUUUUUUUUGUAAAUGUUUGUUUUGUAUUCAUAUCGUAUGUCAAAGAAUCAAACAUUGGGAGUGGGGGGGGGGGGGGGGUCACUUUUUUUAAAUUUACAACUUUGUCAGCACAGCCUGCUUGUGUCAAAUGUAUUUAUAUGGGCUGCUUUACCUUCAGCUGCUUGCAGCUUAAAACUAUUCAAGGAAACGCUGGUUACAUUUUGGUGAAAGACCAUGGGCACCCACAUGUGUAACCAUGUUAAAGCUGUUUUUUGCCAAGCUAGUUUAGGAACACCAGUUCUUUUUGUCAUGUGUCUUUUUGAACCUGUGAUGUAUAAAGUAUUAUUUGGCCAUGUUCUACUUGUAUAUAAGUGGUGAAAAGGAUGCAAAGUGUUGCAGUAUGUCCCUGUAAAAAAAUAAUAAAUUUAUAUUAAAUA